CAGCGCCGGCAUCCUCACAGGUGUGUCGCAGCGCCACUCGCCGCCGGGCCUCGUCUCACGGCGCGCGCUGCAGUCUCCGACACGCUCGCGGCGCAGCCGGCGGCACAGCGCGCCGACGGCGCCGGCGAUGCGGCCGAGGCGCACCUCGCCGCGCUGGGCAUGCGCACGCGCCGCGCCCUCGUGCCCGACGAUGCCGCUCGCAUUGCGGCGCAGGUGCGCGCCUGGCGCGACGGCAGUGCAGACGAGACGCCGUGCGAUCUCAUCGUGACAUCGGGCGGCACGGGCUUUGGCGUGCGCGACGGCACGCCCGAGGCGCUGGCGCCGCUCAUCGACAAGCCCGCGCCGGGCCUGACGCAUCUCCUCGUCGCCGCCUCGCUGCAGCACACGCCGCUCGCGGCGCUCUCGCGGCCCGUGUGCGGCGUGUCGCUGCGGCGGCCGGGCGCAGAGGGAUAUGGCGCGCUCCUCGUGGCGCUGCCCGGCAGCCGCAAGGCGGUGCGCGAGUGUCUCGAGGCGCUCGGCGCCGCCGGCGUGCUCGCCCACGCCCUCGAUCUCGUCACCGGCGGCAGCGGGCGGGCGGUGCAUGCGCGCCUGCAGGGCCCAGAGGGCGGCAGAGACGGCGCGGCGGCGGCGGCGGCGGCGCAAGGCGUCGGCGGCACCGAGACGGACACCGGCCAUGCGCGCGUCGGCGGCACGGACCGCGGCACACACCAUGCGCACCACCACAGCGACCAUGCGCACCACCACGGCUCGCACUCGCACUCGCACUCGGCCCCGCACUCGGCACCGCAGCCACGCACGGCGUACGUCACCGUCGAGCCCGGCGCGCCGGCGGGGCGGCAUCGGCAGUCGCCGUACGCGCUGCAGCCGCUCGACGUGGCGCUGGCGCUCAUUGCCCAGCACACGCCCGGCGCCGGCGCGGCGCGGCGCGAGCCGCUUGCGCGCCUUGCCGGCUGCGUGCUGGCGGCGGACGUGUGCGCGCCGCUCGAUCUGCCGCCGCGCGCCACGAGCAAUGUCGACGGCUACGCCGUGCUGGCCGCCUCGACACCCGCCGGCGAGUACCGCGUGGUGCGUGGUGGUGGCGCGAGUGGGCCGCCGCAGGGCGCCGUCUGCCGCAUCAACACGGGCCAGGCGCUGCCGCUCGGCACCGACGCCGUCGUCAUGGUCGAGGACACGCAGCUGCUGCGUGCCACGGCCGCCGGCGAGGAGGAGGCCGUGCGCGUGCUGGCGCAGGUCGAUGCACGCGAGAAUGUCCGCGCGGCGGGGUCGGACGUGCGCGCGGGCGACGUGGUGCUGCGUGCCGGCCAGCGUGUGGGCACGCUCGGCGGCGAGAUUGGCACGCUGGCGUUUCUGGGCUGCGCGGAGNNGCUCGUCUAUCCCAAGCCCGUCGUUGCGAUCCUGUCGACGGGCAACGAGCUGCAGGACAUCGGCGCUGCGCAGGCGCACGCCGCCUCCGCCGCCGGCGGCGACGAUGGCUGGGACUUUUGCGUGUGGGACUCGAACCGGCCGGGCCUGCGUGCGGCCAUCGAGGGGCAGGGCUUCGAGGUGCUGGACCUGGGCAUCGUCGGGGAUGACCGGGCCGCGACCGUGGCGGCGCUGCAGCGCGGCAUCGCUCACGCCGACGUCGUGCUCACCACGGGCGGCACGAGCAUGGGCGAGUCGGACCUGCUCAAGCCGAUCAUCGAGCGCGACUUGGGCGGCACGAUUCACUUUGGGCGCGUGGCGAUGAAGCCUGGCAAGCCCACGACCUUUGCGACGCUGCCGGCAGAGCCGCGGCCAAAGGUGCUCUUUGCGCUGCCGGGCAACCCCGCCUCGGCCCUCGUCUGCUUCUCCGUCUUUGUGCUGCCGGCGCUGCGCAAGCUCGGCGGGCACUCGGGCGGCGAGGCGGCGGCGCGCAUCAAGGUGCGCCUGGCCGAGGCGCUGCGCCUCGACCCACGCCCCGAGUUCCACCGCGUCGUCGUGGCGCCGGAUGCGAAUGGCGAGCUCGUGGCGAGGAGCACGGGCGUGCAGCGCAGCAGCGGCAUGCACUCCAUGGCCACGGCCAAUGCGCUCGUCUGCGUGCCGGCGCUCGAGGCCCAGGGGCCGCGGACCCUCGAGGCCGGAGCGCUUGCCGACGCCAUCCUUCUCGGGCCGUUGUAGCAGGCGGAAUGACACGCAUGGCAAUUUGCUGCAUCACUUCAGAGCAUCCUUGAACGCGCCAAUGCCCUGCGC